CUAGGAAUACAGACUGCAUCUACAAACAUUUGUGAAAGAAUGGGUCGCUCUCAGGAGCUCAGUGAAGCCAAGUGUAGUACCUCGAUAGGUUGCCACCUGUGCAAUAAGUCCAUCUGUGAAAGUUCCUUUCUACUAAAUAUUCCACGGUCAACGGUUUGUGUUAUUAUAACAAAGUGGAAGCAAUUGGGAACAACAGCAACUCAGCUCGCAGCCACUGGACUCUAGAGCAGUGGAAACAUGUUCUCUGGAGUGAUGAAUCAUGCUUCUCUGGCAAUCCAAUGGACGUGUCUUGGUUUGGUGGUUGCCAGGAGAACAGUACUUGCCUGACUGCAUUGUGCCAAGUGUAA